CCCUCCCAGACAUCCACCCUCUAUUCAGUUCCAGGACAGGUCAGGAUCUGCAGGGCAGUUUCCUGACCUCUAGUUUAAGUACAUAGUAAAAGAAAACACAGCGAUUAAAGCCAGCACCUUCAGCAUGACCUUACAUCAGCUAUCUUACCUUACCUACUGCAGCAGGAUCAGGAGCAGGGGGGAGAUCUGAUUACAAAAGAGAAUUGAAGAGAACUAAGAAAGAUACCUGCUGCCUUUCCUAGACACUGGAUCUGAUGAUCACCAUCAUUGUUUUAGCCCCCCUGGACAUUUUUGCAGACAGAGUCCCGGGCUGGAGGCUCAGCUUCCUUGUCACAGAGCCGCUGCUGUAUAGAAGCCCCAUAAUAGGUGAAGGACUCAGAGGCUUGCAGGGACCUCCUGGGAAAGUGGGGCCUCCAGCGACUCCUGGGACAAAAGGAGCAGUGGGGCCAAAGGGAGACCCUGGAGUAUGUCCAGUGUGUGGUGCUGGCAAGGCCGGUAGAGAGGAAUCUCUGCAAUCCGAACUGGAACAGAUCAAAAAGUGGAUGUUCUUCUUUCUUGGCAAAAAAGUUGGGCAGAAGUUCUUCCUGAGCAGUAAUGCAAAAAUGAGUUUUGACAGAGUGAAGGCUCUUUGUGCUCAAUUCCAGGCCUCAGUGGCCACUCCCAAGAAUGCUGAAGAGAACAGGGCCAUCAGAAAUGCUGCUCACGAAGGCGCCUUCUUGGGCAUCACGGAUGAGAAGAAUGAAGGGCAGUUUGUGGAUAUGGCAGGAAGUGCACUGACCUACACCAACUGGAAUCUUGGCGAGCCUAACAAUGCCAAUGCCGAGGAAGACUGUGUGAUCCUCCUGUCAGAUGGCAAGUGGAACGACGUCUCCUGCUCCACAUCGUUUGAGGCUGUCUGUGAGUUCUCUGUCUGAAGGAACACACCCUUCAGCACCUCUUGUCCCAGAGGCCCACGCUGUGCUUUAAAA